ACCACAUCAGUGUGUGACUAACGCGCGACGAUAGUUUACUAUUGUGAAUAAGUUCGUGCCUCACGUAAAUUUUAACAACGAAAGAAAUUAGGUGUGUCCCUUUGGGCCAUUUGAUUGUGCCUUAACGAUCUCUGAUGCAACAAGUCUUUUAAUUUAAGCGUAUGACUUUUGUUUUUCUCAUAUACGAGAAUAAUGAAUUACGGAAAGAAAUCGCCCAGCAUGGGCACACCUUCGAUUUACUCGCACGUUACAACUCGUAGCAGCGCCAAUCUCAGAUCUUCAAGAUCAGUAAAAAGCGUCAAAAUUCCAUGGUACCAAAAACCCUUGCUAUCCAAUGCUUUUGUACUUGAUAUACAAAGAGGGGCUGUUGUAACAGGUGUUUUUUCACUGUGCUUAGCGCUAUUUACCAUAUGUACAGCAGUUUUCGAUAUUUACUGCCUUUCACUAGCAGCCCCUGGGUCUGAACAUUAUGGAUAUUAUAUCAUAUCAUACGAAUUCGUUUACGUGGGCAAUCCUAAUGUCCGCAACGCCCUGGUAUUUUUCGCUCUAUUCUCAAUGUUGGGCGGAUUAGCAGUAUUGAUGACAUCGGUAAUGCUAAUAAGAGCAUUGCGCAAGGAGUACGAGAAGAAAAUGGUGCCAUGGUUGUACUCUUUUGCGAUCUUCACUAUUUUCCGAUUCUUCGCAUUCAUAUUCUUCAGCAUCGUAAACGACAUGAUAUUUUUUUACAACGUCAUGACGUGUUUGUUAUGGAUUGCAUUCAUAUGCUUUUCCGUUUACGGUUGGCUCGUCGUUUAUUCUUUGUACAUCGAGCUCUCCGAUUUGACGCGGCUCGAGGAUUUGGCACAUCUGAGGAUUGGAACGAUGCAGUCUCUGAAUGCAUCGACGACUCACUCAAUCGCUGGUUCGCGACCGACAACCCCCCACAGCACAGUGUCAACAAUGCCUGUGAAUUAAGACCGAGAGCAGCGGACAAACGUGAUUAUUUAUCCACAAAUAUUUCAACAGUGUCUCGCUCCACUGCCACGCAAACUCUUGAGAAGCUUCAUAAAGAAAAAGAGAAAAUGCACUGUGCCUUUUGCGUCUCCAAGACGGCCUGGCAAAAAAAACUCAUCCGCUGAAUCGCAUGUACAUAAUUUACGAUGAGUUUCGUAUUCACUGUUUUUAGGUGACAAUUCCGUCCAAAAUGGAAACAAAACUUUCCAUCGAUCUUCCUGAUCGAAAGAAAAUUUACGCAUUAUGCAAUAAGAAAAUAUUGUAUAUUGAAAUUUUCUUAUUAAUUACGCACCAGAGUACGAUUGUAGAGUAUUUUAAACUUUUAAGUCGUAUUUUUUAACGAGGAUUUACAAAUGUUGACAAGUUUGACAGACUUUGCCUUACGUUCUCAUCCGUCCAAUUUUUAUAUUGUACCAAGUACCACGUAGUUUUAAUCUAUAUUUUUGGAAUUUAUAUUCCAAUCGCUGAUGAAUUCGUAAUCGAAUGUGUCUAUUAAUCAAAUUUCCAAUCGCACCAUCGAUGCAAUCACAACGCGUAGCGUUUUAACCGCAGUUAAUCGGGGAACACACCGAUAUUUUUAAAAUGUAUUUUUAUGUAUUACAAAUAUUGUUCAAUAAAUCAAAUUUUACAUAAGA